CGUCAUCACAUGGGUGUCAUGUGACCAUGGUUGUGUAAUAUUACACGGACGUAAAUAUUACAUAUCAGUGCAUAAACGUCAGUUGACGGAACAGACAUGUCGGCAGAGACGGUGGGGAACUUUGUGGAGUGCCCGCUGUGCAGGGCGAGCCACACCCCAACGAAGGGAGAGCUGAAGGAUGGAGUCUACGCGUCUACUUGUCAAAACUGUGGCCACUUCUUCAAGUUCAAGGUCACAGGCAUUCUCAAAUCAUCUGUCACCUUCACCAUCAACGGGAUUUCCUUCACAGUUGGCAACCAGUAUGCCGCAGCCCUGUCCCUGAAUGAGUUCAUGAGGUCCCAGGGUGUGUCCUAUGGCACCAAGGCCAUGUGUAUAGAGGGAGGGUGUGGCGUGUGCCUCGUCACUACCACACUGUAUGAUCCAAUCACAAAGGCCGUGCAGACCUACACAGUCAACUCGUGUCUGGUUCCCCUGUACACGUGUGACGGCAUGCAAGUGACAACCAUCGAGGGUCUGGGCAACCCCAGGGAUGGCCUACACCCGAUACAAGACCGUCUGGCACAGUACAAUGGGUCUCAGUGUGGCUUCUGUAGCCCUGCCCAGGUCAUGAAUAUGUAUGGCCUACUGAAAAGAACACCCAAGCCUACCAUGCAACAAGUAGAGAAUGCCUACGAUGCUGUCAUUUGCCGAUGUACAGGCUAUCGCCCAAUUCUGGAUGCCAUGAAGUCCUUUGCCUCAGACGCUCCACCAACCCUGCCUGGCGGUGCUAUUGACAUUGAGGAACUGGACAAGAAGAUAUGCAGCAAAACCGGGAAGACCUGCACAGGACGCUGUUCAUCUGAGAGACAGACUGACCUGGAGCAGGUGCCCCUCAACAUUGUGCUGCAGGGGUCACAGUGGUACAAACCCACCACCAGGCAGCAGCUCUACGCCCUCCUCGGCCAACACCAGGCAGACAACUACAGACUCGUGUUUGGGAAUUCAGGAUUCGGUGUCUACAAAGAAAUCGGUCCAUGGAUGUACAAUGUCCUCAUUGACCUGCGUGGCAUCCAGGAGUUCUAUGACAUUUCUAUUGAAUCCUCCAAAGUGAUGUUUGGACCUAGCAUCACUCUGACCAACAUGUUGGAAGUCUUUGAGAAAAACAGCACCAACCCUGCUUUGUCGUACUUCCGGGACUUCGCCAGCCACGUGGCCUACAUUGGUAACAUCGGGCUGAGAAAUUUGGGCAGCUGGGCCGGGAACCUGAUGUUGAAGAACCUCCACACUGAGUUCCCGUCUGAUGUUUUCACCAUGUUAGAGACAGUCGGGGCAACUCUGUUCAUUGGAUCGAGUGAUGGCUCCGAGAAGUCAUACAGUCUCAUGGACUUCCUGAAGCUAGACAUGAAGGGCAAGGUCAUCCUGUCUCUCACGCUUCCAACAUUCCCAUCAGGAGACGUCUAUGUCAAGACCUUCAAGAUUACCCCAAGGCACCAGAACGCCCACGCCUAUGUGAACGCAGGCUUCAGGAUGCAGCUGAACAGGAGCAACAACUUCAAUGUCAAGACAAAACCAUCCCUGGUGUAUGGCGGCAUCAACAAGACACUGGUACAUGCAAGCAAUACAGAGGCAUUUCUGCAAGGGAAACAACUAGGAGAUGCAUCGGUUCUCAAAGCUGCAAUAGCCAGUCUAUCUGCCGAGUUGAUCCCAGACGCUACAGCUGGGUUGUCGAGUACAGCCUACAGAAAGAACCUGGCCAUCUCACUAUUCUACAAGUAUGUGCUCGGCAUGUGUGGUGAGAAAGCAGCGGCAAGAUUCCAGAGUGGAGGCACCAACUUGAUACGGCCCGUGUCUUCAGGCACUCAGACAUAUGACACCCGUAAAGACGAAUAUCCCCUGACUAAGCCAAUGGUAAAGGCUGAUGCAGACUUACAGACUUCAGGGCGGGUCCAGUACGUUGGUGACAUUCCUCCAGUUCCAAAUGAAGUGUGUGCAGCAUUCGUCAUCAGCAGCGUUGGCAACGCCGACAUCGACACUGUCGACACCUCUGUGGCCAUGUCCUACCCUGGAGUGAUUAAAUACAUAUCUGCAGCUGAUAUACCAGCUUCAAGGAACAAUUUCAGGGGACCACCUGGCGGUGUUGAGGAGCUGUUCUGCAGUGGGCGCGUUCUGUACAGUGGACAGCCAAUUGGUCUCAUCGUGGCAGUUGACCAACUAUCAGCUGACACAGCAGCCAGCAUGGUGAAGGUUACCUACAAGAACGUCCAGCCCCCCAUCAUUACAAUGGAAGAUGCGAUUCAGAAGAAAUCCAUAUUUCCAAAUGUUGCCCAGGAGUAUAAAGUCGGUGAUGCUGCAGCUGCAAUAGCCGGGUCUGACAAACAGAUAACUGGCAGUGUCAAGAUAAAACAUCAGUACCAUUUCCACCUGGAAAAACAGUUCUGCCUGUGCUACCCAGCAGAGGAUGGGGUGGGUGUCCAUCUCCACUGCCCAACUCAGUGGUCAGAUUCUGUACAGCAGGCCGUAGCAGCAUUGCUUAACAUACAGGAAAGCAGUGUAAGUGUCAAGGUCAAACGUCUUGGAGGAGCCUUUGGAGCGAAGAUAACUCGUGCCAACCUGCCAGCGUGUGCCGCUGCUAUCGCCACAUACAUCACGAGAAGACCUGUUCGCCUGUCGGUGGACCUCCACACCAACAUGAAGGCAGUCGGGGGACGUUUUCCGUAUCUGGCGACUUACACAGUCGGGGUCAACAAUGAUGGAAAACUGAAUGGCAUCCAACUGACGUCCAAUGCUGACUGUGGAGCAACACCCAAUGACUGUCCACUUGCGGGAUUUCCCGACUUCAUGGACAAUGCCUACUACUGUCCAGCAUGGGAUUUCAAGCCAGUAGCCCUGAAGACAAAUCUCCCAGCAAACACCUUAUGCAGAUCGCCAGGAACCCUACCUGCCAUCUUCAUCAUGGAAGCGAUGAUGGAUCACGUCGCCAAGGAAUUGAACAUGGAUCCGUUGGAGUUCAGGAAGAUAAACCUAUUCACCAAAGGCCAAAAAUCGGCCUUUGGACUGGUUCUGAAGUACUGCAACAUCAAGGAUAUUGUCGCCCAGCUUGAGACGUCAGCCGAUGUCACAGCAAGAAAGAAGCAAAUUGCUGCAUUCAAUCAGGCCAACAGAUGGAAGAAGAAGGGCAUUGAAGUGAUGCCGCUGCGCUGGAACAUGGACUACGGGAAAGACAUCUUCAACGUCUACGUCACCAUCUACCACGGUGAUGGAUCCGUGGCACUCUCUGUCGGCGGUGUAGAACUCGGGCAGGGAUUAAACAUAAAGAUGAUGCAAGUAUGCGCCUUUGAGCUUGGUAUCCCUAUCGACACGAUCAAGGUCAAACCAACGACCACCUUUACCAACUCAGAUUCGUUCAUUACUGGAGGCAGCCGCGCGUCCGAUGUUAACGCUCUGGGAGUCGUGCAGUGCUGUCAGCAACUGAAGACCCGGAUGGACCCGGUCAAGGCCAAGAUGUCGAAUCCCACCUGGCAGCAGCUGGUAGCUCAGUGCUACGCCCAAGGAGUGGACUUGUCAGCCAGAAGCUCAACAUAUCCAACAGGGGACUUCAGUAACUAUAACAUCUACGGUGCCACGUGUACUGAAGUUGAGGUGGACAUCUUGACCGGGGAGAACCAGAUCAACAGAGUGGACCUACUGUAUGACUGCGGAGAGAGCAUUAACCCAGAUGUUGACAUCGGCCAAGUUGAAGGAGGAUUUGUGAUGGGAUUGGGCUACUUUUUGAACGAAGAGAUGAUAUAUGACCCCAAGACUGGCACCGCCCUGACUGAUGGAACUUGGGAAUACAAACCUCCAAUGGGCAAGGACAUUCCAAUCGACUUCCGUAUCCAGUUCUUGAAGAAUGCUCCAAACCCACGUGGAGUCCUAAGAGCAAAAGCUGUGGGCGAGCCACCCCUGUGUAUGUCUGUAUCAGCGUUGUUUGCUGUGAAACACGCCAUCGAGGCUGCCAGAAAGGAAAUCACCCAGGACACGUUUUUCCGUCUCGACGGCCCAGCAACAGUGGAGGUGAUUCAGACAGCCUGUCAGCUCGACACCUCCCAGUUGGUGUACGGGACAUAGGUCGCCAUGACUCAUUUCGACCAUGUUGAGAAGGAGUAAUCAGACCUAAGGAAUUAAGGAAAUAUGCAGUGUUAAAAUGACACUUGUCGCAACAGUUUGUGUUUGCUAUUGGCUUUCCUUCAGUGAAUGACACUUUAUAUAUGUAGUAUGUGAUUGUCUAUGACGAUGUAUGACAUUACACGAGGUAUGACAUCCAUGAGGUACCAUUAGGUAUGACAGAACAAAAUAAUAAUAUAUAAAAAUUAAUGACCAAGAAUUAAGAAUCACAAAACAUAUAACCAUUACAUAUAAAGUCAAUUAUUAUUUAACCAUUUAAACCAAUACAGUUUAUUUUAUUUGCUUGUUUUUAAAUACAGCAGUAUAUAAAGGCGGGCUAAAAUUUAUGGAUCAUGCCCAGAGUGAGUGAGUUAGUUUUACGCAGCUUUUAGCAAGAUUCAAGCAAAAUCAUGGCGGGCGAACACCAGAAAUGGGCUUCACAUUGUACCCAUGUGGGGAAUCGAACCCGGGUCUUCGGCGUGACGAGCGAGCGCUCUAACCACUAUGCUACCCUAAUCCCCUACCAUGCUAGAAAGAAUCUAGUGUUUGAUAUUAUGAGCGAAGUUACAUCUGGGUAUUUGCACUUUAAUCAUCUUUAUCAACAAGCUUGGAAAUCCGAUAAACAUAGUCUCCCUUACUACCUGCAUUCGUUGCCACGGACAUGAUCUAACACAUUUCAAAUGGGGACCAAAUAAUUUUGUUUCAAACUCAGAUGUGCGUGUUAAGUGAGUGAGUGUUUUCGCCGCUUUUAGCAAUAUUCCAGCAACAUCACGGCGGGGACACCAGAAAUGGGCUUCACACAUCGUACCAUGUGAGGAAUCGAACCCGGGCCUUCGGCGUGACGAGCGAACGCUUUAACCACUAGGCUACCCCACCGCCCCGUACGGGCUAAGGCAUGGAGGACAUUAAUAUGUGAUUAGUUAAAUAUGAUUGAUCUGGCCUUGUGUGGCAUGAAAGAUUGAUAUGUUCACAAGUGACGUGAUGUACAAGUUAAGAUAUUUACUGUGACUAGUGAAAUAUGAUGAACACCUGUAAUACUCUAUUUAGUAUAUGUUUCCAAUUUUGUUUAAUUAAAUUUCAACAUUAUUAAUCCCAGAAAAUUUGAUUUUCGAAAUCCAAAUUCUCUGACAGUAAACAAAUGAGUGUUCAUUCUUUGUUCAGGCACACAUGUACGAUAUAGUUCGCUAGUCAAAAAUAAAAUAAAAAUCGAGACAAUACAUAUCUGUAUCAGUAGCUGUAUUGGUCACGUUUUUUCAUUGUCUGAAUAAGAUGAAUACCUGUUAUAAUAAAAUGAUUCUUUUGGUCUGAACGUAAUCGUCAAAACUCGGCGCCGACGCACGAAUAUACAUAAGAAAAACAAACAUGGCGGGCCUGGAGAAAAUGGAAGCGAUUUUGAGAAAAAAAUUCAACAAUCUACUGUGUCAAUAAGCAUAAGCACAGGUAUUGAACGCCGCCAACCGAGUGAUAUAAAAUCACUUGUUCAUAAAAUGUCAGUUUUGGACGCUGUCAGCGCGUAACUCAUGUGUUUUGAACAGCUCGCGAGUUUUCUUCACAGAAGGUUGGACAUCUGAUGCUCAGGUUUGCUGACCAAAUGUAUUUGGUGAAAUAUGCAUAUAUUAACGUUGUCAUUUAUUGUUUUGGACAGAAUGCAGUUUUCGCUUUUGUGCAAUACCACUUAAUUAUGUAAUAAAAUUAUUUGCUGUCGACCAGCCAGACAAAUGUGUUAUGG